GGGUGGUCCUGAGUCUGGAGAGUUUGCUUAUAAGACAGCCGCUGUCUCCUGUGUGUACUCCACGUAGUUCUUCCAAGUUACCUCUACAACAAGAAAGCAGCAGAGCCUGUCUGAAGCCUUCAGGUCAACAUGCUCCGUUCUGGAACUUGCACCUCCAUCAUCAACUUGCGUUACCAGGAUGGCAGCGAAGGAAGCCCCUCCAAUCCUGCCAAGUUCAAGAACCAAGACUAUGCCCAGCUGAAGGAUUACUGUCACAGCAGAGGACAGCUGUUUGUGGACAACACCUUCCCACCUGACAACCGUUCUUUGGGCGACCUUGCCAACUUGACCACCCAGCAGGAAGAUGAUGUGAAAUGGCUUCGUCCAGCUGACAUCCUGAAAUUACAAAACAACAAUGAUGAGCCUAUGUUUUGCAAGAAUGGAGCCUCAAGGUUUGACUUUGGUCAAGGAACAGUGGGUGACUGUUGGUUUCUGGCUCCAAUUUCCUCACUCACAUUCCAGCAACGCCUAAUGUCACAAGUUGUGCCCAUGGACCAAUCUUUCAAGAACUAUGCAGGAAUUUUUCACUUCAGAUUUUGGAGAUUCGGCAAGUGGGUGGAUGUUGUCAUUGACGACUAUCUGCCGAUACUCAACAGUCAGUUGCUGUUUGUGCACAGCAAGUGUGGAAAUGAGUUCUGGGCAUCUCUGCUGGAAAAAGCAUAUGCCAAAGUGUGCGGCUCAUAUGCUGACUUGAACGCUGGGUUGCCACCAGAGGCCUGCAAGGAUUUCAGUGGAGGUGUGAACAUGACUUACAAACUCAAAGAAGUCCACUAUCCAGGCCAUGAUCAGGAGCUGUGGCUGUUACUGAGCAGAGCCACUGGGUGCAAAUCAUUGAUUUGCUGUGGCACUGCCCAGGGAGAGAAUAAGUUGAACAACACUGUUGCUCACACUGGAUUGGUUGACACACAUGCCUAUUCUGUCACAGCUGUCACUGAGGUUGAAUAUUAUGGGUCCAAAGUGAAGCUGGUGCGAAUCAUGAACCCUUGGGGUAAACAAGAGUGGAACGGAAAGUGGAGUGACAGCUCAGAUUUGUGGAACAAAGUAAGCCCAGCAGACCGGGAGAAGUGUUUCAACCGGAAUGACGGGGAGUUCUGGAUGGAGUUGGAAGAUUUCUGCUAUUAUUUCGCAAUACUGUCCAUCUGCUGCGAGAACCCAAACUUCAUUGACGGUGACCUCACCUGCCAGUGGAAAUGCAUGAUCUACGACGGCAGCUGGGUAGCGGGGACAUCUGCUGGUGGCAGCAUAUACGACAACACCUUUGCAACAAAUCCUCAGUAUCGCAUUCAGGUGACGAUCAAAGACAAAGAAGACCCACAUGAUGAAAACAUCUUGCUUUCUCUGAUGCAGAAACCUCAGCAGGAAUAUCGCUCAAAGAGACGAUUUUACCCAAUUGGACUCACUAUCUUUAAGGUUCCCCCAGGGACUCCACAGGGACGCUUGGGAUCCUCCUUCUUUACAAGAAACACCCCUGUGAACACAAAACAGGCUUACGGCUAUGAAAGAGACGUGACUGAGCUGCUCAGCUUGGAGCCAGGAGAGUACGUGAUUGUUCCCUCCACCUUAAAACCCUACAUGACUGCAGACUUUGUUCUCACAGUCUACACCAAGUCCGACGCCAAGAUCAGUCCCCAUGAUAUAGGUGGUGAAGAUAAUGCAGAUAAAUUAAUCCUUCCAGAGAUCCCUGCAAAGCCCAACAGGGUGAACGCUGCCGAUAAGGAUCCCACCCAUGCAUUAUUCAGUCUCUAUGCUGACCAGGGAGGUGAGCUGAGUGCCAUCCAGCUCCAGAAGCUCCUGAAUGACAGGUUCCCUCAUGGCACCUGGCGUGGCUUUGGAUUGGAAACCUGCAAGAGUAUGAUGGCUUUGGUGGAUCUCGAUCGAAGGAUGGGGAUGAGUUUUGCUGAAUUCUCAAUUCUUUGGAAGAAAAUUCAUGAAUACAAGGAUCUUUUCCAUCGCUCUGAUUUGAAUCGCAGCGGAUCCCUGUCCGACUAUGAGCUAUGGAAGGCAAUGGAGGCCGCAGGAAUGAAAGUGAAUGAUCGGAAUUUGAGGCUGCUUAUGUUUCGAUAUUCAAGCUUGUCAUCCACUUCCUUGGAAGACUUCAUCACGCUUAUGCUGCGCCUGGACAAGAUGUCAAACGUUUUCAAGGAAAAAUCAUCCGAUGGAAUGAUCCACCUGACCUGGGAUGAGUGGUCCACAAUGUCCAUGUACAACUAGAACACAGCUGACGCAUCAGCGAAACAGACUUCCAUGAGAAAACUCCUGCAAUCAAACAUCGCUGUUAGUUUCCUAGGGCCCAUGCAGUUAUAUUAAAACUUUAUUACGUUUGUUAAGAUUUUAUUUCUUAACAUGGUAGCAAACGAGUUGCAUUUAUCCCUCAUUUUAGUUUCUCAAUUCAUCUAUAUUGCUGCUUUUAAGCUUUUUGCCUUGAAAAAUGUCAGAUGUAGCAGCUUUUCAUCUAAAUCUAUUUAACAUCUUAUUAGAGGCUGUGCUAGGCCAGACAUCCCAAAUCAGACUCAAGGUCAGGUAUAAACAAAGCUUUCAAAAGUUAUAGAAGAAAAAAGAAAAUUUGAAUUUAUUAAUCCUUUUGGAUUUUGCAGACUGAUUUUGAUUUUUAAAUGGUUCAAAUAGCAAAAACACAUGAAGAUAUAAAGGUGUCAACCUUUAUUUUAAGAUUCUCAGGUGUUUUCACUCAACUCAAAACAGUUUGUCUUGUUUUUGCCUCUCGGGGAGCUGCACAUGCAAGAAAGUUUACAACUUUUUAGGAAAUGCUUAGGAAAUUAUUGAUUUAAGUGGAAAUCAUUUAAGACAAGAACUCUAAAUUUAAAUACAUUUAAUCUCCAAAUAAUAAUAAAACAAUAAUAAAAUUGCCUGUAUGUCCAAUUUCAGCUGUAUGCUGAAAUUUUACAGUAGUGUCUCACUGCAAUUUUUGGUCAAUUUAAAGUUGAUCAGUUUGUUUCUGAAACUGUGCUAAAAGAAAAUCUACACCUAUGUGUUCACAAAUGUUAAUAAACUCUUAUUUUUUCUUUGGAUUUUAAAUAUGUGACAUUUUGUUUCGAUUAGCAUAGAGUUUUCUAUUUUAUCCGGUGUUUGAUUAAAUAUUUUAUUAUAAAUGUAAAACUGUAUUAAAGAUAACUUUUCCAGCAACUUUGUUUUAUACUUUGAUAAGUGAUCAAACACCUAAAAAAAACAAAACAAAACAAAAAAAAAAAAAAAAAACACUUAAGCUUUGCUUAUAUUGUCACUGCACUAACUUCUAAGCAAGUCUGCA